AUGUCGGGGCCUCAGUGCUGUGAAAACCCACCAACCCUUAGCUCAAGCUCCGGAGCUGGUUCAGUGACUGAAAUUGGAGGCUUAAAAGCCUACGUUACUGGCCCUUCUGAUUCCAAGCAGGCCAUUCUUCUCAUUUCUGAUGUAUAUGGAUUUGAAGCACCAAACCUAAGGAAGCUUGCCGACAAAAUAGCUAGUGCUGCUGGAUUCCAUGUUGUGGUUCCAGACUUCUUUUAUGGAGAUCCCUACGUACCGGACAAUGCUGAGAGGCCUGUAUCAGUUUGGAUACAGUCUCAUGGAACAGGCAAAGGAUUUGAAGAUGCUAAACCUAUAAUUGCUGCUCUAAGGAACAAAGGGGUAUCGAAGAUAGGAGCAGCAGGAUUCUGUUGGGGUGCCAAGGUGGUUGUGGAGCUAGCAAAGUCUGAUUACAUUCAAGCCGCAGUGUUGCUACACCCUUCCCUUGUCACAGUUGAUGAUAUUAAAGAGAUUAAGGCUCCAAUAGCCAUAUUGGGUGCCGAAUUUGACAAGAUCUCUCCACCUGAACUCCUGAAAAAGUACGAGGAGGUUUUAUCCACUAAGCCUGAGGUUAAUGGCUAUGUGAAAAUAUUUCCUGGUGUUCCACAUGGAUGGACUGUCAGGUACAAGGAAGAGGAUGAGGCUGCUGUCAAGCAUGCUGGAGAAGCCCAUCAAGAUUUGUUGGCCUGGUUUACUCAGCAUGUCAAGUAA